UAGGUGUCGUGUUAUCCUAUUCCUCCAGCCCUUAGCGCACGUUAGCAACAGCAUUUCCAAAUCCCUUUCCCUGAUUUCUCUGCACUUAAACAAUCUCGUUUCUGUUCUCUCUCACUUGUGAAGUUUUGUCUUUCAGCAGCAACGAAGAGAGUUUCUAGAAUCGAUUAGAGAUGGCGAGUGCGAUAGAUGCUACGGGGAAUCCGAUCCCCACAUCGGCGGUGUUGACGGCAUCAUCAAAGCACAUAUCGACGAGAUGCUUACAGGAGAAUGUGUCAUUUCUCAAGUGCAAGAAGAAGGACGCAAACCCGGAGAAAUGCCUCGAUAAAGGUCAGGAAGUCACUCGCUGCGUCCUUGGCCUGCUGAAAGAUCUUCACCAGAAGUGCACAAAAGAGAUGGAUGCUUACGUAGGUUGCAUGUAUUACCAUACAAACGAGUUUGAUUUGUGUCGCAAAGAGCAGCAAGCAUUUGAGAAAGCAUGCCCGUUGGAAUGAGUGGCAAUCUGAACUUAUAAUGCCGUACUUACAAUAACUAGAGCAGCUUGCAAUGUGCAAAAACUGUUGUUGCGUACAUUUUUCUUGUCUUGACAUGAAUCGUCUCCCAUUUGUAUGGCUCAAAAUGUGCUCUCAAGAUUGCUUCUGGUAAAAAAGAUGGGACCUUGCCUCAUUUUUAAGCAUAAAAUGUGUUGAUUACAUUAUUGCUUUUACAGUAAUCAGAUGUUUGAAUUUAUGGACGAACUGGCAUUUUGAA